GCUAACAUCACUGAUUUUUAUGGCCGCAACAACAAAACUAACAUCAACAACAACAACAACAGUUUCACAAACUUAAGCAAUCUUUACAACCUUAACAACAUAACUAACAGCAACAGUGUUACAAGCAUCAUUGACCGCUAUUAUAACCUGACAACCAACUCACCCGACAACAACACCACAGAGUUGCAGCCAGUCAGAUUGGUGUUGAUAAACUUGGAGUAUAGAAUCGUCUACUCAGUUAUCGGCGUCACUGGCUUCCUCUUAAACGCCUUCGUUGCAGUUGUUCUCAUCUUUGUGCGCACCAAAAACAGCAGCGGUAGUCAAAGUAGCAGCGAAUUUCACAUUACUUGUCAGGCCUGCGUGGAUUCCCUGGUAGCCAUCUUCCUCUUGACGACAACCCUGAUAGAAGACAACGACACCAACAGGUACAUUCAAGGAAAUCUCUACCACGAGUCUCUCUGCAAGAUGUGGUUCACGAAGAUCGUCUUGUGGGGUGCCAUCAACGCCUCCAUAUACUCCGUUGUCAUUCUAAAUUUUGAGAGGUACAUCGCAGUCGUCUAUCCAAUAUUUCAUAAGACCAAGUUCACAAAAUCGAAGAUGUACUCCAUAAUCAUGCUUCUGACGGUCUGGGUCUUCGGCAUCGGCUUCAAAUUCUUCUACUCCAUCAUUUCUUCGGGAAUUGUCAAAAACGGUCAAUGUUCUUCGUUCACAGAAUAUCCCAGUAAAACCAUGCAAAAAGUCAUCGGCAUUUUCAUCUUCAUCUUCGAUUACUGCCUGCCCCUGACGCUCCUCACUUGCAUGUACCUGCGCAUGGCAGUUUUUCUGCACAACAAAAUCCAACCUGGCAGCGAAACGACUACAACAGGUCAAAACAUAAAACUAGGAGCAGAAAAUUCAACUGUGUACAGCGUUCAGACAUCAAAAAUUGAAAUGGAGGCGAGCAACGUUGGCGAGGUGAAUGAGGAUGUUGAGAGUUGCGUUUGUGACGAUAAUAGAAAAGAUCUGUCAGCGCACGUUAACAUCAAUGCCCCGAAUCAUCUCCAUCAGCCGAAUAUUAUUUCAAGUGCAAAUGUUCAGAAAAUGAAACCCAAGUCAACGAUGGCCAGAGCUCGAGACAACAUCUUGAAGACCUCUAUGAUACUUUCCUUGUCGUUUGCAAUGUGCAUCACGCUGAAUGAAGUUUACUUCUUCUUGGCUUCGAUCUUUCUAUUAAGUCUUAGUGGCUGGCUAUAUCAGCUCUCUGUUAUAUUGGUAUUCAUGAAUAGUUGCUUCAACCCCAUUAUCUACUGUUUGAAAUAUGAUCCCUUCAAGAAAAAAGUUCAAUAUGCUUACAAGAAUUUCAAAAAGUUAAUAAAAAAGUAGCAGCAGUGUUAUUUGCGUGGGUUGGUUACAAUUUUUAGUUUUUCAACGUAUUAUGAAGAUGGUGGUUGGAAAAAUUUCAGGAUUUACAAAAUUUUAUUAUUCAUUAUUUGCUACAUGUGCAAAAUCAAAGUUUUAACAGGCAUUAGUGGCGGAUCUAGAGGGCUGAGAGGGGCUCUCCUCGACCACCUAGUUUUUUUUUAAUAAAAGUUAGCAGUUUUUCAAUAAAAGUCAGAAAAAGGACUGUUUUUUCGACCAAAAAUUGAAUGAAAUAAGCAAAAAAAACAGUUAUUCCACUAUUAAAUACAAUUGCCUCACUAUCGUUAACCAUAAUCCUCUCCAAUGAAAAUCUAAACAUUUUCAAAAUUUUGCCCCCCCCCCUCGUCAAAUUUGUUCGGAUCCGCCACUGGCAGGCAUAAACAUGAUCUAAUAACGUUAAUUAAUUGGUAAGUUGUGUUUGUUUUCGCACGCAGAUGCCAGCAGUAGCAUUAAUAAGAUUGAAUUAAUUAAUUAAAUAGAACGAAUAUUUUUAAUACUGU